AUGAACAUAAAAUAUUCUGAGAAAUGUAAUUCAUUUAUGUACCUACCAAUUUGGCAAAAGAUCUACCAUAAACUAGGAAGUACUGGACAGGUAUAUAUUGCAGUUUUGGUCGAUGGACAAUUUUACCAUACGUUGUUGUAGGCAAAGUUAUAACAGACAUCUCCAUACUAUACAGGAAUCGAAUUGACAAGCGCAUGCAAUGACCACACAACCACAAACAAUUGUUACAUAUUAAAAGUAUGCAUAAAUCUUACCAGUGUAUAAAUUCUAUUUUAAAGGGACUGUUCCUACAGGAUAAUCCUUACCAAACGUUAAAUACAUCAAAGUUUGUUGAUUCCAGUUCUGUUUCCGUGGAACUAAAGAAGGAUGAUGGAACACAUAUCAAUGUACAAAAUCUACCAGACCCUCUUACUAUCGCAGUUCCACGACCAACUAAGAACGAUAGUGUAAGUAUUUGAAACAGUGAGGGUUAGACUGGUUUCAGACACCUCGUGUGUCGUUCAUCAUCGUCAAUCGACUACCGUCAAGAUUGUUGAAAUACAUGAAGCCACUGGUGUUUAUUAGAUAUAUUAAUUUUAAUUUUAACUUUAAUUUUAAUAGCUUCUCCAAGAAUAUACACAUAGUACAAAACAAGCGAUUAUACAGUAUUUAUAGUCGAUUUCAACUUACUUUUCACUAAAAUGUUGCGAACUUCGUUCCGAACUUCGCAAAUUCGUUGCCAAGUUCAAAAGUUCAUAAUGAAAUUCUUAAACAGGUUUGUAAACUGAGCAUUUGAUUGGCUGGUUUGAUUUAAUAGCCAAUCAGAGGCUUUGUUUACAAACCUGUUUGUGAAUUUCAUUAUGAACUUUUGAACUUGGCAACGAAUUUGCGAAGUUCGGAACGAAGUUCGCAACAUUUUAGUGUAAAGUAAGUUGAAAUCGACUGUAAUAAUAACAAAAAUUGAGUAGUUCUUUAAAGGUUAGCUCCUUGUCUCCGCUGAAUGGUAUAGAGCCUUUGAAUGGUAGAGCCUUUGAAUUAUAGGUGAAUAACUGUAUAACAAGGCUGUAAUAAUAAAUUGACAACCAUGAAAGCAUUAGUAGGCUAUGAAUUCAUCAUUGAAAUUUAAAGGGAAAUGGCAAUAUAAAUUUUUAUUUUCUCAUUUGAAAGAACUUUUGAAACUUUUUAUUCCGAUUCUUCAUAUCUUGCUUAGUUCUUGAAAUAUUUUCACUUGAAGUAAUGAGAUGUUAACGGUAGUUUUGGUUACGUCACAACAGGGAUUAACCAUAUAAUUCGUUGCUGACCAAAUAUUGAUUGGUAGAUGUUUUUAAGGUUUCAAGUAAUCUUGAUAUUUCCAAGGGCAUACGGAGUACAAUUUUGAGUGCAAAAUGGUUAGUGGUUGUCAAUGUCUAGAUAAAAAUAUUGCGUGACCCCUGUUGUGACGUAACAUGCAUAUCUACAAAAAUCCAAGAUGGCGGAGAUUUCAUUUCUUUCAAUUAAAAUAUUUGUAGAAGUAAGCAAGAUAUGAAAAAAAACGGUAAAAGAGUUUUAUAUAUGGUUUUAAAUGUUCUUUCAAACGAGAAAAUAAAAAAAUAUAUUGCCAUUUCCCUUUAAAGCAAAUUUAAUGAACUAAGAUUUCCAGCAGCAAAAGGGUGGUCUUAAAUUAGUUCCCCCGAAUUUUCCUGCACUGAAUAGUCUCAGGGUAGGUCAUGAGAGGUUUGCGUUUUGUAUUCUGGCAGGGGAGUCUCUGGAGGAUGAUGUCGGAGAGAUCUUCCUUUUGGUCUUUUACGCUGUAGCAUGGUAACAUAUAUGCCCUCGUCUACUGACACACAAAAACGCACAAGUUGUAACAAACCUGCAGCAGACUUGUAGUAAUGCUGGUCCAACAACUUGUCAAUAGGUUGUGUUCGCACUGCUUCUUCCCAGCUUGUUGACAAAAGUUGUCAACGGCUUGUUGACAACUUGCUACAGGGUUGUUGAGCUCAACAGACUUAGUGUUACGAGUUGUUUCAACAACUUGUUAUCAUCCUGCAAUUCAACAAUUUGUCAACAAGUUGUGAGUGACAACCUUGUACCAACCUGAUAAAAUAACAGUAUUGUUACAAUUUGUUGGUAAGCUUGCUAGAAGCCUGUUGCGAACACAUCUUGUUGACAAGUUGUGAUAUUUUUGCGUGUGUACGGGAAGGCAUUUUUAUCAUUUAUAGACCCGGAGCGAGGGGGAUUCGGCGUAAUAUUUCCCUCAGUGAUGAUAUUUUCCGAGGGGCUUUGCCCCGAGGAAAAUAUUAUCACUGAGGGAAAUAUCGCCGAAUCCCCCGAGCAGAGCGUCUAUAAAUGAUUUAAAACUUGCUGAAUAUUAACUACGCGAAUACAAUUUUUAAUUUCUUAUGUAUACCUAACCUGAGUUUAUGACGUUUCCUCUUUAAAAUAUUUGAGCGUGUAUCCUUUGGAUCAUUAAAGGUAACAUACGUCUUGAAAAUCUUUGGUUAAAUCAAAUCUUCUGUACGAAAUUACAAACAACAGCUCGCGAACGCCAUAUUGUUUCAGAGCGUGGUGUCCACGCGUCACGCGUGAGCGUGGGAUACUAUAAUAUCCCACGGUGGAUCUGCCGUGGGAUAUUAUCCAGGUGAUCUCGUGUUCGUAUGUUAGCCAAUCAGCGCUCAGAAAGGGUUGUCCGAAUAGAAAUCCAUUUUGAUGUGUUCAGUCUAUUAUAUUUUUAGUUAUUCUUUAUGAAACUAGUUGAAAUUUUGUAAUUAUGUUUGGUUAUGAGAACUAUAGCUCUGACAAAAAUAUGGAAUCGAAAUAAAGUAUAUUACAGGAGAUAUUCAGUUGUUUUAAUCAUAAAAUGGAUUUCUAUUUGACAACUAGUGCCAGUACUUUUCCGCGUAUCAAGAUCACCUGGAUAGUAUCUCACGCUGCAUUGCGAAAUCAUGAAUUUGAGUGAAAUACCGUAAAAAAUCACAUAUCACGUGGUACAAAUGCUGUUUUUUCAUUGGACAUUUGAGGUAUAAUAUAUGAUUUAAUUCGUUCUCCGCGCCAUAUUAAUUUGAAAUACCAUCUUUUUCCAGACAUUCAUAAACAAAACUGAAACGAAAUCAGACGAAUUGGUGGUCCAUGUCCUCAAAUUGAAUUCCCAGAACAAUGCUUUUAUUGUUGAGAUUAUUCCUGACGACCCUAUGGCGAAUGUUACAAUUUACGGUCAUGGAGAAGGGGCACCGACUUUGGAAAAAUACAAUUUCCAGCAUUCGUUUGAACUUAACUCUACAAAACAUCAGCAUUUCUUGGGAAAUGAAACAAUAAAUGGCGUCGUGGAAUAUUAUGUUGGAGUUGAAAGUGAAGUGCAGAUGAAUUACACGUUCAAGUCGUAUGAAAUAGGCUGUUAUUAUUACGAUGAGGGGAAUAAAUCUUGGACAAGUCGAGGUUGCACGGUAUGUAUAGGUAGUCGCUUUAUGUUUGAAGUGUCAGUAACAUCCCAGACAUGAUGAUAUGGGUACAAGAGGAUAUAUGAUAUAGAUUUAUAGUAAAAAAACAUCAUCUUGAUCAACUUUUUCACGGUCGAAGUUGCCAAGAUGACGAUGUCAUUAGAUGAGUUGUAAAUUACUUUUCUUUUGUUUUUGCUGAUAAAAUUUAUCUAAUGAUGUCUAUCUGACAAUUAUGACAGUGAAAAAGUUAUGAUCAAGAUCAGGUUUUUUAUACUAUUAAGAUAUAUUACAUUUCUCUUGGAAUGACCCAGAUAUGACUCAUACCAAAAAUUUAUGUCUGGAGUGAGAACUCGCGUCUAAAAAGUGAGCCAAGGAUUGCGGAAAUUGAUGUCCCAGCCGGAGCCAGCCCCUUUCCAUUGUUUUUAUCUGCGCGGUUAACACGAAGCUGCAAGAAGUGCGCCGUAUUUUGACUUCGAUUUAAAGAAUAAUGCUAUGGUAUAGUGAACUGGGAACUUGAUUAGAGAUUUGUAAGGAAAACUAGACUAAAUUUUGAUCUAGGCAAGAAGAACAAAAUCCAUUACUACAGCUAGAAAGAGCAUGUUAAAAUUAGUAAAAUUGCAAAGUUUGGCCGUGAAAUGUUGUAAAAUGCGGAAAAUAGAGCCCUGCGAAAUUUGCAAAUUUUGUAUUAAUUUGUAUAUUACGCGCGAGAAAAUGCACCGGCACAUUUGGGCCGAAAGUGGUGCAUUUUGCUGUGCGUAAUACAAAUUAAUACAAAAUUUGCAAAUUUCGUAUGGCUAUAUUUUCCUCAUUCUAUAUCUACAACUAAACUUUGCGAUUUUACUAAUUUUACCAUGCUCUUUCUAGAUGUGCAUGCUGAUGGAUUUUUAGAUCAAAAUUUAGUCUAUAGCUGGAAUCACCCAUUGUGAAAUGUAGUUACAUUUUCUGGCUCGUGAAAGCGUCAACAGUUUUGAAAUUAUGUUUGCGAUGUUACUCUGAGUGCAUAUCCACACCGGGCGAGCUUGAAAAAUAUGCCCGGCCACGGUGGGAUUCGAACCUACGACCUUUGGAAUACUAGCCCAAUGCUCUUCCAACUGAGCUACGCGGUCAGGACGGUUCGAGUAAGUGAUACUUCGGAACAGUAUCUAGUUCCUUCAAUACCAAUGUGUUCUAGUAAUAUGAAUUUUUUCUGUGUUGGUGUUGUGUACUCAGGUGAAUAAUAUGUUUGCGAUGUUACUCUGAGCGCAUAUCCACACCGGGCGAGCUUGAAAAAUAUGCCCGGCCACGGUGGGAUUCGAACCUACGACCUUUGGAAUACUAGCCCAAUGCUCUUCCAACUGAGCUACGCGGUCAAGACGGUUCGAGUAAGUGAUAUUUCGGAACAGAAUCUAGUUCCUUCGAUACCAAUGUAUUCUAGUAAUAUGAUUUUAUCUGUGUUGGUGUUGUGUACUCAGGUGAAUAUGUUUGCGAUGUUACUCUGAGUGCAUAUCCACACCGGGCGAGCUUGAAAAAUAUGCCCGGCCACGGUGGGAUUCGAACCUACGACCUUUGGAAUACUAGCCCAAUGCUCUUCCAACUGAGCUACGCGGUCAGGACGGUUCGAGUAAGUGAUAUUUCGGAACAGUAUCUAGUUCCUUCAAUACCAAUGUGUUCUAGUAAUAUGAAUUUUUCUGUGUUGGUGUUGUGUACUCAGGUGAAUAUAUAUUUGUGAUGUUACUCUGAGUGCAUAUCCACACCGGGCGAGCUUGAAAAAUAUGCCCGGCCACGGUGGGAUUCGAACCUACGACCUUUGGAAUACUAGCCCAAUGCUCUUCCAACUGAGCUACGCGGUAAGGACGGUUCGAGUAAGUGAUAUUUCGAAACAGUAUGUAAUUCCUUCAAUACCAAUGUGUUCUAGUAAUGUGAAUUUUUCUGUGUUGGUGUUGUGUACUCACAUGAAUAAUAUGUUUGCGAUGUUGCUCUGAGUGCAUAUCCACACCGGGCGAGCUUGAAAAAUAUGCCCGGCCACGGUGGGAUUCGAACCUACGACCUUUGGAAUACUAGCGCAAUGCUCUUCCAACUGAGCUACGCGGUCAGGACGGUUCGAGUAAGUGAUAUUUCGGAACAGUAUCUAGUUCCUUCAAUACCAAUGUGUUCUUGUAAUAUGAAUUUUUCUGUGUUGGUGUUGUGUACUCAGGUGAUAAUAUGUUUGCGAUGUUACUCUGAGUGCAUAUCCACACCGGGCGAGCUUGAAAAUAUGCCCGGCCACGGUGGGAUUCGAACCUACGACCUUUGGAAUACUAGCCCAAUGCUCUUCCAGCUGAGCUACGCGGUCAGGACGGUUCGAGUAAGUGAUAUUUCGGAACAGUAUCUAGUUCCUUCAAUACCAUUGUGUUCUAGUAAUAUGAAUUUUUCUGUGUUGGUGUUGUGUACUCAGGUGAAUAAUAUGUUUGCGAUGUUACUCUGAGUGCAUAUCCACACCGGGUGAGCUUGAAAAAUAUGCCCGGCCACGGUGGGAUUCGAACCUACGACCUUUGGAAUACUAGCCCAAUGCUCUUCCAACUGAGCUACGCGCUCGCCCGGUGUGGAUAUGCACUAAGCUCGCCCGGUGUGGAUAUGCACUCAGAGUAACAUCGCAAACAUAUUAUUCACCUGAGUACACAACACCAACACAGAAAAAAGUUUUGAAAUUGUCACCAUCUCCUCCCCGUAGUGGUUAUUUAAACCCAACAAAAAUGGUUUCUAACUGCAUUUUCUAACUUAUAUUUUAUGGUAUUUGUCUUGUUUUUAGCCUUCUCCUAAUUCAACGACGAAGUUGGUGCAAUGUCUUUGUAACCACGCAACGUUAUUUGGUUCGAAUUUCUUUGUUGCACCAAAUAAGUUAGAUGUUGCGAAACAGAUCGGUAACUUGGCAAAUCUUGCUGAUUAUCCUGCACUUCUAGCAACUAUCUGUGUCAUUGGUGGACUGUAUCUCAUUGGAAUGAUCUGGGCACUCAGAAAAGAUAGGAAAAAGACUUGCAAG